AUGACUUGGCAAGAAACACAAAAAUGCAAAGAACAACAAGACGCCAUUGCUAUAUGCAAGAAAUAUGAAAGCGAUGACGGUAUACGUAGAACUAAUGAGGGGAUGAUAGAGCUUAAACACGAGGGGGUCUGGAUAAAGGUGUGCUAUUUACACGGACAUACGUAUGGACUUGACAAAGCCCUCGCAGAUGUAGCAUGUAAACAACUUGGCUACAAGUUUGGUAUAGAAGGGGUUGGCAUGAGCAUUUUUAGAGGUCAUUAUGGAAAUUACGACAUUGACUGUGAUGGGACAGAACAAAAGCUACAGGAUUGCAAACGAUUUCGUUACGAUAAUGAGGACAAAAGAGCUUGCAUGCACAGACUAAUUGUGAUAUGUGAACCAAAAUUUAGACUUAGACAAGGAGGAGUUACAUCUGGUUUAAAAGCAGGAUUUUUGGAAAUAUCUACACCGGAAGGAUGGUUCCAAGCUUGUAAUGUACCAGCAUAUCAAGGGUGUAAAUGGCUUGGCUUGGAGACAGCUUUUGCCACAAUGAUAGAUAGCAUUGGGCAGGCACGUCCUUCCAUGUUUGUAUAUUGUGGCAAGCCAAAGAGCGAAAAACUGUCACAAUGUAGAAGUAUAAGUAGAGGGCCCACAGAAUGUCCUGAAAAUCCUCUUUGGACAUCAUGUUCAGAUGAGCCACUGAAUAGUGCUGUCUCUGAUGCUGUAAUAAAGCUUGAUGAAGGAUCAUAUGGUGAAUUAAAAGUCUAUGUUAAUGGCACGUGGUUAGCAGUGUGUAACGAUCGACAGUAUGUCAUCUAUGAAGAUUGGGCCUUUCGUCUUGCUAAAACAGUCUGCCGUCAGCUCGGCUACAACUCUAGCAAAAAAGUUGUAACAUUCAUACAAGUCCGGGGUCGCAGUCCAGUUUCUCAACUUUUUCUCUAUACGGAUAUUUCCUGUAGAGGUACCCAGGAGCAUUUGGAAGAGUGUCAACACACUAGAUGGAAAACUGGAAUGGGAAGCAUGUGCAGAAGUAUUUCAGUAUCCUGCGACAUUCCAUCUAUCAGACUGAGUGAACGAACACAUGGUGUUGUACAGCUGCGUUUUAAUGACUCUAUGUGGCUUCCUGUAUGUAAACAUUGGACCUUGGGUUAUGAAUACACAUGGGGCAGAGAGGAGUCUAGAGUCUUGUGUAAACAUCUAGGUCUUAAAAUAGGCAAUAUUUUGACGUACAGGUACAUGACAAUGUAUCCAGGAGAUCAUGUGUCCACAACCAUGAAGUGUAAAGGCUCCGAAAGUGGCUUACAUGAGUGUGAACGCUUUCUGUGGUCCCUUAGGGGACCAUCUUUCGACAAUUUCUACACUGUAUAUGUUGCAUGUGAUAUGUCCAAAGAUGUAAAAAUACAUUUGAGAGACCCGGAUGGCCCUUCUGGUAAGCCAGAGUUCCUGGAAUCGAAACUCUGUAGUGAUAAAUGGACUGAUAUUGAGGCGAGUGCUAUAUGUGAAAAUUUAGGAUUCCAACCUGAACAUGCUAUCUCUGUAUUUUAUGAACAACGUUCAGCUCGUGAUUUUUUGGGGGAUUCUUGGAAUUCAUCUUCAUUUGAAUGCAGUAAAAGCGACCAUGGUUUUGAAUGUGAGAUGAGGAAAUCUCCCCUUUGUGCCUGUGAAUAUUGUAAUAUAGGGGUACAGUGCAUGGGCCAUAAGCCAGGUAUCCAUGAAUACAUCAAGGUAAUGCCAGAGUUUCCUCACACUGGUCAAGUUGAAGUCCAUAUCCCAAAUAAGCCAAUAGGAUCUAUUUGUGCCACAGGCUGGGGUAUAAAAGAAACACAAGUUGUAUGCAGACAAGCCGGGGCAUUUAACGAAGUAAAGCAUAAACCCAUGUAUACAGGCGUUGACACAAAUAAUAUAACAGGAGGCAGAGAAAACCCAAUAUUGCUAAGUGAUGUCAAAUGUCAUGGUGAUGAAGCAAACAUUGCCGAGUGUAACUUUAAGUUUGGUGAUGAAGUGUCUUGUAUAUUUAAAGAAAGAGCCAGCGUAUUUUGUCAUCGGAUUCCGAUAUGGAUGCCUCGAUCUCCCCGGCGUGGACUGGUCAAACUUAACAUCGGACAUCAGGAAAAAGACAAAUGGCGGUGGUUAUGUGGUGAAGAUGUGGAUAAAAACACUAGAGAUGUGUUUUGCUUUUUUGUAACUUGUACAAGAAAUUCAAGCAUACUCAUUUCUCGAUACGGCGUUCCAAUUUCCAAAAUGCGUGCCUAUUUCCUUGUUUAUAAUAGGCUUAAGAAGUACAGACCUCACAAUGCAUUUCAUUGGCCUGUUGUCAAGUUAAAAUGUCUGGGUCAUGAAGUUUCUAUCGGACAGUGCGAAUUGAAAGAAAGUUACAACUGUACGCAACUAGCUGUCAUUGGCUGUCGUGGAAGCCGUUGA